UUAUCGUACAAUACAACAUUGAAAUUGCCAUGUUAUGUAUGUACUACAUAUGCAGUGUAUAACUACUAGGUAACUAGUUACCUAGGGUAUGUAUGACACCCCUUGAAUGAUGAACCAGUGUAGAGCCAAAGGCUUCAUACAUACAUCCCAUAUCGUCAAUUUGACUUCGAAUUCGUACUUCAUAGACGAUGGAUUUACGGAUUGAUGAACUCGAAAUUAAGAAUAAUUCAGCCAUCAUGGAUGCACUGUUUUAUUCCUUCUUCCAUUCCAAUAACUACCUCUGUUUUCUUGUCCUUUCUUUUCUCCACCUCAAUCAGCACAUGGGAAUGAGAUCCUACAUGCAGACCUGUGUAGCCCUCAACUUUCCAUUAGCCAUUUGCUUCACUGCUAUGAGCUUUCCUUCACAUGACUAUUGAUGGUGAUCAUUUCAUUAUAUUGAUUUCUUCCCUUUUUUUCUUCUUAAUCUUGUGCAGCUCUUGUCUUAAGCACCUUGACUUACAGACUGAACUUGAAGCUUCAAAGUUGUGAAACUUGUUUGCACUCUGGAAUUGAAUUACACUAACCUAGCAAAGAUGGAACCGGCAAAGGACUUACCUAAGCUAGAUGAGGUGGUCCGUGUUACACCACCAACGCCACCUUUGACGCCACCUUUG